UCUUUCUUUUCUUUUAUAAUUAAAUUUAUUUAUACCUUUCACGUAUUUUGUCAUACUAAUACACUUCAACACACACACACUCUCAAAAAGAGCAUACAGAUGGAGGCAAGUGCAGAGGUUAAUCAGCGCAUUGCUAGGAUCACAGCUCAUCUCCACCCUUCUAAUCUUCAGAUGGAGGAAAAUUCUAGUUUGAGGGCAGCAAAUUGCCGAGCAAAAGGUGGGGCACCUGGGUUCAAAGUUGCAAUCUUGGGUGCUGCUGGGGGCAUUGGCCAACCUCUUGCUAUGUUGAUGAAGAUAAAUCCUCUAGUCUCGGUUCUUCAUCUCUAUGAUGUUGUCAACUCGCCUGGUGUCACAGCUGAUAUUAGUCACAUGGACACUGGUGCUGUGGUGCGUGGUUUCUUAGGACAGCCACAGCUUGAGAGUGCUCUUACUGGCAUGGACCUUGUAAUCGUACCUGCUGGUGUGCCAAGGAAGCCUGGAAUGACAAGGGAUGACCUUUUCAACAUCAAUGCUGGAAUUGUCAAGACCCUCUGUGAAGGCAUUGCAAAGUGCUGCCCCAAUGCUAUUGUCAACUUGAUCAGCAAUCCAGUGAAUUCCACUGUUCCAAUUGCAGCUGAGGUUUUCAAGAAAUCUGGCACUUACGACCCAAAGCGACUUCUGGGAGUUACAACGCUCGAUGUUGUGCGAGCAAAUACUUUUGUGGCAGAGGUGCUGGGGCUUGAUCCUAGGGAAGUUGAUGUUCCAGUUGUUGGAGGUCAUUCAGGAGUGACAAUUUUGCCCCUUCUGUCACAGGUUAAGCCUCCCUGCACUUUAACCAAAGAAGAAUCUGAAUACCUUACAAAUCGCAUUCAAAAUGGUGGGACAGAAGUUGUUGAGGCGAAAGCUGGGGCUGGUUCUGCAACGCUGUCAAUGGCAUAUGCGGCCGUUAAAUUUGCAGAUGCAUGCCUUCGAGGUUUGAGAGGAGAUGCAGGUGUCGUGGAAUGUGCCUUUGUAGCUUCUCAGGUGACAGAACUUCCUUUCUUUGCAUCCAAGGUACGACUUGGUCGUAUUGGAGCUGAAGAGAUUUACCAACUGGGACCUCUAAAUGAGUAUGAGAGAGUUGGAUUGGAGAAAGCAAAGAAAGAGUUAGCCGGAAGCAUCCAAAAGGGCAUUUCCUUUAUUUGGAAAUAACUGCUGAGAAGAUGCUAAUCACAAUCUUAUCAUCUCCUUAAAGGCUCUGUAUAUUUUUGUUUACUAUCUUAAAUUCCCUCAGUCUUAGUAAUCUCCUAUUGUAUCCCGAACCAGUUGGAAAUUUCCCUCAAACUAUCUUUCGAUCCCCAAUCUCUUGGGUUGAGUUGCAGCAAUUUAACAAAGGGAUGUUCAGGGCA